AAGAAAAAGAAAAAGAAAAUUGUUUCUUGGAUCGAAGGAGAAGAGAGAGGGAAGAGAAGAAGCAAAGGAACUCGGUGGGUCUGUAUUCUGUCGUUUGUUUUUCGUUGAAAAUGGCGUUGCAGUGGAUGCUAUUGGCUUAUACGGUGGCAGUGGAGGCUGCCAUCGCCAUUCUGCUCACGAUUCCUUCACCGAAGCUGCUCAAGCAACGCUUCGUCUCUUUGAUUUCACUCAUUCUACAGCCUGCACUCUUCGUUGUGCCCUUCGCCGGCUUUCAGAUUCUAGAUAUCUACUGGAAGAAUGAGCACCGAUUGAUGUGUACAUCUGAGAUCUGUACAGCUGCCGAGAGAGAUCGAUAUGAGAAAUCUAUCUUUAAAGCUCAGAGGAAUGUGAUUCUGUGUGUUUGUGCAUGCCUUCUCUACUGGUGUAUCUACCGCAUUUGCAAAUACAACAAAGACAUUGAAAGUUUGGAGGAGGUAGAAAAGAGAUACAAAGACCAGUAGGUUUGAGGACAUGUGUAAUCAAUCUCCCGUUACAUGUGGGAAUGGCUUUCUCCUCACGGCUGUAUGAUUGAUACUUGAAUCUUUGUUUGUACUUGGAGUAUGAGAAGUAUAAUGUUAUUAGAACACCAUAACUUUGUCGUUUUAGCAGCGUUGGUCAAAUAUUCAGCUCUAUGGGUAUGGGACUAAUCCAUAGUUUUGUCAAUUUGGAAGUGGGAUGAAAUUUAAUUUGGUUGACACGUGCAAUCAAAUUAAUGAAAUGAAUCAUGGAUUUUCUUGACC